CGUGUUGACUACAUUUGCUAGAUCUAGAAAGUCUAGAUUCUAUGUAACUUCGUAACUUGAGUCGAGAUCUAAUCUAGAGUGUAGAUCUAGAUAUCUCUAGAUCCAUUCUGAAAAAAAAAAAAAAAAAGAAUUUAGAUCUAGAAGUCUAGAUUUCAUUGAUUAUUUUGUAUAAAUGCCUCCCUUUAUUUUUCUCCGCGGAGCUAAUGGGCUCUGGACUGUGGAUGGAGGAAAGUGUGACUCGAACCCUGUUCAUGUCUUAGAGCAGAGCGCCAACUGCAAGUGUAUGACAUUCUCUGAAGAUGGUUCCCUGUUAUCCUGGUGUAAUGCUGACAGCAUUUUUUUACUGGACACUAAAACAAUGGAAGUUAUACAUGAAGUCAAUUUACCAAAAGUUGUGGCAUUAAAGUUCUCGCCACGUGCAACUGUGUUAGCCUGUUGGAGCAACUACACAGUGAACCGUGAGCAAGGGACAGGGAUUCCCAAUCUGCACCUGCUGGAUGUCAAGUCCUGGACAAUCAAAAAAUCUUUGAUACAGAAAAAGCAAAUAGGCUGGGAUCCCGAGUGGAGCUGUGAUGAAGGCAUCUGUGUUCGUAAUGUAAAUAAUGAGUUACACUUCUAUGAAAACAAUAAUUUUGAAACCAUCGCCAACAAGCUACACCUCCAGAAAGUCUCAGCAUUUAGUCUGGCUCUGUGUAAGCCACCGUAUGUUAUUGCCACCUAUGUUCCUGGGGCUAAGGGUCAACCAUCAUUUGCUCGUAUCUAUCAAUACCCAAACUUCUCUGGUCCAGAGUCUAUGUUGGCUAAUAAAAGUUUCUUCAAGGCUGAUAGGGUAAACUUCUUUUGGAAUAAAAUUGGAACCUGCCUCCUUGUGCUGACGUCAACAGAGAGCUCUGACAGUUCAUACUAUGGAGAACAGGCAUUACACUUCUUAUCUAAAAAAGGAGAGAGUUGUUUUGUGCCCCCUCAAAAAAGUGGUCCAGUUUAUCAUGUGGAGUGGACACCGACUAAUUCAGAGUUUAUAGUUAUUCACGGUUAUAUGCCAGCUAAGACUACUAUUUAUAACACAAAAUGUGAGCCAGUCUUUGAUUUUGGAACUGGACCUCGAAACUUCUGCAGUUUCAACAAACAAGGAAAUAUCCUGUGCCUUGCUGGAUUUGGAAAUCUUGCAGGUAACCUGGAAUUCUGGGAUAUGAAGAAUAAGAAGCUAAUUGCCAAAACUCAAGCCACAGAUACAACAUAUUUAGAAUGGUCACCUGAUGGCCAGCAUUUACUCACAGCUACAACUGCCCCAAGGCUAAGAGUAGGAAAUGGAAUAAGAAUCUGGCACUACAGUGGGACGCUGAUGCUUCAGCACUUUAUAGCUGGUCAUGCUGAACUCUGGCAAGCCUGCUGGCAGCCAACCAGUCAGAUUCAAGACUUUGCAAUCAAUGUCAAGCCUGUGGAAAGUGUUGUUGAGCAGCCAAAAGCCCAAGCUGCAGCUUACAGACCUCCACAUGCCAGGAAUCAAGAUGCCCCUCGCCCAGCCCCUGCUCCGCUUCAUGAGUAUGAGCCUCCAUCUAAUGCCAAAGCAAAGGAGGGAGAUAAGUCUGUCAGCAAAAACAAGAAGAAAAGAGAAGCUCGCAAAGCCAAAGCUGCCCAGGAAGAAGGCACCAAGCCACAAGAGUUUGCUUCCUCAUCAGAAACACCUAGCUCACAGUCUGUGGACUUUAAUACUACUGGAAUUCCAGAGGUUGAUAAAAAGUUAAGAAAUUUACACAAGAAAGUACAACAGAUUCAAAAGUUACAAGACCAACAAGCCUCAGGGAAAGAAAUGGAGAAAAACCAGUUGGAGAAGAUUAAAAGUUUGGAUUCACUUCUGAAGGAAAUAAAAGAUCUGGAGUUGGGAAAUUGUUGACAGCAUUGUAUAAGAGUGUACAACUGUCAAAUGAUUUUAUGCUUUAAUGUUAUUUAAUAAAAGUUUUAGAAUUUUAGCAAA